GUGUUUAUGUAGUGUGUUCGGUGCGACGGCGGGGAACAGUCUUCCUCGCUGUAAUGUUUCCGUUAUACGUCACGAUUAUCUUGAUCGGCAUUUGCCUGGCUGCAAUUUUCAGAUGGCGCAAGCGGCAUUUCUCCUAUUUCAAGAACCUGGGAAUCCCUGGUCCAGAACCGAGCCUGCUAUGGGGAAACAUUCGAGAGUUCCACGAAACAGAUCAUUACAAGGUCAUUGGAAAGUGGCUGGAAAAGUACGGAGACACCUUUGGAUUUUAUGAUGGAGAUGUGCCAUUCGUUGUGACGAAAGACUUGGAUUUCUUGGAAUACAUCUUGAUUCGCAACUUUCAAAACUUCACGGGUCGAGGGGAAACGUUGGUGGUGGAAAGCAGGCAUCCAUUCUUGAAGAAAACCUAUUAUUUACGUCGAAGGUGCCAAGUGGAGAAGUCUACGGCGAGCCAUAUCUACCAGUUUUACCACCGCUAAACUUAAGCAGAUGAUGGCAGACCUGAAGAACGGCGCGGAUAUAUUCCUAAACAUCGUGGGAGAGCGAGCUGACAGCGGCCGUGAAGCGAAUGC